UCAGUGUAGCCCCAGCAGUGCCACCUGUCAGUGUCUAUCAGUGCCAGCUGUCAGUGCUCAUCAAUGCCACAUCAAUGCCACAUAUCAGUGCCUACCAGUGCGCAUCAAUGCCACAUAUCAGUGCCCAUCUGAGCUGCCUUUCAGCGUCACCCAUCAGUGCCAGUCAGUGCCACCUAUCAAUGCCAAUAAGUGCCACCUAUCAGUGCCAUGCCAUGUAUCAGUGCUGCCUUUCAGUGCCCAUCAGUGAUGCCUGUCAAUUCCCAUCAGUGCAGCCUCAUUAGCGCACAUCAGUGAAGGAGAAAAAUCACUUAUUUACAAAAGUUUAUAA